CCGUGUCUGCACUGCACGUGCUCUCGAUGGGGCCGAGGCAGCUCUCCAACACGCCGGAGAAUCGGCCGCCGGCGAGGUGGUCUGUGCCGGAGAAUCGGUUUUUCUUUUUCUUUCUUGCAGGUCCAGCACGUCGAGCCGUCAGUUGGCAGAGGGGAGGCUCCAUGGGCCAUGGGGAAAAGGAUAGGAGGCGGCGUGAGGUUGGCGAGCUGGGAUGAGAGAACUCGGGUUCCUGGAGAAAUCUCUUGUCCAAUCCAUGGCGAAUCCUCUUCUCAUCGAUUAGUUGUGGCUUGAAUCAAAGUUCCUUUCUUCUAAUCAAACUAAAAAAGAAAGAAAGAAUGAACCUCUCCCUAAACAAACCCUAGCCACCACACAGAUCUCUUCCUCGCUGGCGGAUUCACUCGGUCUCCCUCGGCCCUGUGGCCAGUUCCACGUUGCGGCAGACGCUGGUUCUAGUGUCGGCGUUUAUGUGGGAUUGGGUCUCCUCGUCCUGUCUUCGCCUUCUUCUCCAGAUUGAUAUAUCGUGCCGUUCUUGUUCCCUGGCAAUGUCCGGUUCCUUCCCGGUUGCAGUUACAGUGACUCCAUGGCUAUGGUGAUUUGGAGCAGGUGAUGUAUCGAGCCAGGCUCAAGGCAAGCCAUCAAUAUGUGCAGAGGGGCUGCUAAAAGGAUGGGCACGUCUUUUGGAAGCUCCAAGCUGCAGGAUGAGCAAUACUACAAGCAUUUGGAUGAUGAAAGGAAGUAUUUCUUAGUGCUUAUGUUGGGUGAUUUCCAAGAUGCGAUGAUAAUCCCACAAGAAGUUGUGCGGCGUUUGAAAGGUGAGAUCCCAGGAGAGAUCAAGCUAGAAACCCGAAAUGGUUACAGUCACACUAUUGUGGUUGCCAAGAACCAAGAAAAGCUUGUCCUUACAGUGGGUUGGCGGCAAUUCAUCGAAAACUAUGAUCUACAGAUUGGUGAUUCCUUAAUGUUCAGAUACAAAGGGAACUCUCAGUUUAAUGUCAUGAUCUUUGAUAAGCUUGGUCGUGAAAAAGCAUUAUCAGUUGUUCUUGAUCCUUUUUUGCAUCGGGUCCAAGACAGGCGCAACGAGGCACAUGAAAUCGGGUCUUCUCAAAAGAUGGAUGUGCCUUGGGAAAGAUGCAAGAGCCGGACUGAAUAUCACUACGCAAACUUGGAUGAUGAGAAGAAAUAUUUCUUGGUGCAUAUGAUGGGCGAUUUUCAACAUGAGAUGAUCAUCCCAGAAGUAUUUGUUCAGCGUUUCAAGUGCGAAUUCCCAAGAGAGAUGAUACUUGAAACACAAAAUUGCCACAGUUACGUAAUUGGAGUUGCGAAGAACAAUGGAAAUCUUGUCCUUACAGUGGGAUGGGGGAAAUUUGUUGGGAUCUUUGGUCUAGAGAUGGGUGACACCAUAGUAUUAAGAUACAUUGGGAACUCCCGGUUUAAUGUCAUAAUCUUUGAUGAACUUGGUUGUGAGAAGGUAUCAUCAGUUUUUGUGGAUCCUUCUCCGCCUCCUGUGCAAGAAAGGCGAACAAGUGCUACUGAUACUGUGAAAAGUUCUCAUUUUCGUCCUCAGGCCAUACAAACGCAGGCAUUUAGCAUAAGGAAAGAGAUGCCAAUGGAGUCACGACACCUCCAAAUGGAAACGGACAAGUCAUGUCAAGACAAGAACACCGUGAUAAGUACUUCCUCCUGCGAGUCAUCAGGUCCCAUACGUGAAGAUGAAGAAGAAUAUGGAGUACGUGAAGUUCCCGGUUCCAAUUUCACCGUGAGGAAGAAGAAGGUCAGGCUAUCUUCAAUUCAGAAGGAGCAGUUGAAGGAUGGUUACAUUACCGUGAACAAGACCAAACUAACUCCAGCUCAGAAGAAAGUUGUGAAGCAUAAGGUCCAGUCCAUAGACUCAGAGAUCCCCAUCUUUGCUGCUGUGAUGCGCAAGUCUAACCUUAAUUCAAGAUUCAAUCUGACUUUUCCCAGACACUAUGCUAAGAAAUAUCUCAGAGAGGAGCCAAGCAUGUGUCUUCGGCGGCGGGAAAGGGAGUGGGGGGUGCGGUUCGGUGAAAACAAUGGCGGUAAUAAGCUCAGGAUCGGAUGGAAACAGUUUGUAGAAGGCAACAAGCUGAAGAUGGGUGAUGUCUGCCUCUUUAAACUGUUGACCGAUGAGAGGAGAACCAUGAUGGUCUUUAUCAUCCGUGCGAAAUUUGUCAAUUACUGGGCACGUCUCCAGAAUGAUGCUGAACGGGAAGCGGCGUUCCGGAGAGGGGCUCUUGCUCAUCAGGCUGAUGCAGCGCGUGAUCCUGGCUCAAGGUUGCUUCACAUCGCUAAAACUGAAGCUAUGGAGGACGAUGUUGUUGCCCCUGAUGGUGCCUGAUCGCUCAAGGAAAAAUCUGGCGUGGUGUGGGGGAAACGAGCGAUCCUGUCGAUCGUAAGGCCCCGGUUACAUUAUAUAGUGGUAGAAACUUGAAACUGUUGUGGUGCUCGAUCUACCUCUGUAAUUUGCUCGUUAUCUUCACAGGCCUGGAACUCCUCUGGCUGUAGUUUUUA